UUUAUUUAUGUAUGUACUCAAGUCGCUCGUUUAUUUGUUCUCAUGUGCCGGUACUGCAAAACUUUCUAACGUCACUGUACUGACAAAGCGUGGUGGCCCUUCGAAAUGGCUCUCUCUCGUCACGUUUUCUGGCGACUAGUGCCCAUUCCAGUUAGAGUAUAGUUCAAUGUUCAACAUAUAUUGCCGAUAAACAAUAACGAUAAAUAUUUAUCUUUUUCUUAUUGUAAGAUUUUUAAUUGAUUGUUUUGUUUGAUUCUAACAUUAAUUAUAACACGUAAAAGAGAUAAUCUAAUCUAUAUUAGUGAAAUAAUAUAAUCUAACCUAUACUUAAACAAAAAAGGCGGGACUUCUGGAAUUUAAACGUGAUUAUGCAAAAGAAGGCUAGAAAAACGAGACGUCAGCUUUUAGCGGAGAAGGUAGCAACACAGCAAAAACUGAUAAAUAAGGCAAAUGCCCUGCUAAAUCCUUUGGAGACUCUGCCAAAGUUUCAAGAAUACAUGAAGGAUAAUGACACAUUCAAGCUUGCUUGCAUUAAGGCGAAAGAUGCACGAUUGGAGCUUCUUACCUGGAUCCUGGACAUCACGGAGAGGAAUAUGAAGGAUAUGUAUGAACGGUCUAAUUGGGGCUGGGACGCGGCUGAGAAACAAUCGGAAUUGACGGAGGAGACGGCAUGGUAUCUAGUGGCAUCGUGCGACGAAAAACUUGUCGGCUUCUCGCACUUCCGAUUUGACAUCGACAAUGGCGAUGUUGUAUUAUAUUGCUAUGAACUACAAUUGGAGCCAUUGGUCAGACGCAAGGGGCUCGGUCGCUUCAUGAUGUUGGCUUUGGAAUCCAUGGCACAACAGAACCAGAUGCUGAAGAUCGUUUUGACUGUUUUCAAGCAUAAUCCGUCGGCAAUACAAUUUUUCUACGCUCUUGGAUAUAAAUUAGACAGUUCGAAUCCACCGGCUUCGACGCAUUUGGACUAUAUAAUCUUGAGUAAACAAAACUUAUGCGCAUAAUGGAAAGUACACAUGUUUUCAUAUCACACAUCUCCUCGGUUAGGACUGCGUCUUGUGAAAUAAGAUUGAUAGUAAUUGAUGCGGGCACAAGUGCACGACGGGCGACUUUAGAGACGGUCCGACAUUGUGAAACGUAAGAGGCGCUUUACUUAUAGUCCAGUCCUCCAUAUCGUUGAGCAGUUUUGUCAACUCCACUUCGCCUGACUCCGAAACGUUGAAGUGUCGCGAGAGAGAAUUGUUGAAGCAAGCGUCUAAGGCCGCUUGGUGCAACACCAUGCCAAUACCUUUGCCGGCACCCUCGGGAAUAGGAAACACCCGGAGACUGACGAUGCUUAAGUCUACUGGAAGAUCGUGUCGAAGUGGCGCGAAGUGAGCGUGCAGAUUGAACGGUAGAGAAUUGUGUAUAUGUAGUGCCAUAACUGGAUGUAGCAACUCCUCCGAAGCUAGGUGACCGUUUAAAGAUAAUAAUCCCGCUGGAUGAUUCGUCGGUAUCGUGAAAGGGCAAUUUAUUUCCUUCUUCUCCACGAUUAGUGCGAACAUAUGAUUUGUCAACAGAUUGUCCAUCACACCUUGUCCCAAUCCUCGAUUAUCGUCUUGAAGUAAUCUUCUAUCUUGCAUGAUCUGUUUAUAAAAAUCGAAUGAUGUACGUUUACACUCACACAUGCACACACACACGCGCACACCCACAUACACACACGGUGUAACUAAAAAAAAAAAAAAACAUGGAAGAG